AGAAGUUUCAUUGGAGUUUCGAAGAAGUAUUGUUGAAACCGAAAUCCCAAGCCCACGCUCCCGCCUUGGGCCCAUAUAAAUGGCGACGGAGACUCCCACUGGACAGAGAGGGAAGCAGCGGAGGAGUGCCAGGCAAGCUAAGCGACUGCGGAGCCGCCGCCAUGGAUGCGCAUCAACAGCAGAGAGACGCUGCUCGGCGCGAUCAGCCGCCUCGUGCGGCCGGCACCUCUGCCGGCGGAGGCGAUUUAAGUCCCAUUCUCUUCGUGUUCUUCUCCUUCCUUGCUAUUUUCGCCGUGGUGGUCGCCCCUUCACUGUCGACUAACAUCUUUUCUACCUUACAUCAAGUUCCAGAAGGUCAUGUUGGCGUCUACUGGAGAGGAGGUGCACUUUUAAGCACAAUAACAGACCCAGGUUAUCAUUUGAAACUGCCUCUGAUUACUCACUUUGAGCCCAUUCAAGUAACUCUCCAGACAGAUUUGGUAAGAGAUAUUCCAUGCGGCACAAAAGGAGGUGUGAUGAUCAACUUUGAGAAAAUUGAGGUCGUUAACCGCCUUCGUAAGGACUAUGUGUAUGACACUCUGCUCAACUAUGGAGUGAAUUAUGACAAUACAUGGAUAUAUGACAAAAUCCAUCACGAAAUUAAUCAGUUCUGCAGCAGCCACAGCCUUCAACAAGUUUAUAUUGAUAUGUUUGAUCAAAUUGACGAGAAAAUGAAGGAUGCUCUUCAGGCUGACUGCACACGUUAUGCUCCUGGCAUUGAAAUUAUUAGCGUGCGUGUCACAAAGCCAAAAAUCCCAGAAAGCAUAAGAAGAAACUUCGAACACAUGGAAGAGGAGCGCACUAAGGUGUUGAUUGCUGUGGAGAGACAGAGAGUUUCAGAGAAAGAAGCAGAGACACAAAAGAAGAUUGCUAUUAGCGAGGCAGAAAAGAAUGCUCAUGUCAGCAAGAUCCAAAUGGAACAGAAGUUGAUGGAGAAAGACAGUGCAAGGAAGGAAGAAGAAAUUGCUAAUGCAAUGUACUUGGCUCGUGAAAGAAGUUUGGCAGAUGCUGCAUACUAUAGCACGAUGAAAGAAGCAGAAGCUAACAAGUUAAAGCUCACUCCACAGUUUUUGGAACUUAAAUUUAUUGAAGCAAUUACAAACAACUCAAAGAUAUUCUUCGGCAACAAGGUGCCAAAUAUGGUACUCGAUCAAAGGAUUCUGGGGAACUUCUUCCAAGAGUAGGCAUCCAUCCUGCGUAACUCAGUUGUGCGUGGACGUGCUAUGCAACUGCAAAUCGUUGAAAAUAAAUACUCCAUGGCCUUUUUUUGCUCAUAAGUUUGAGUAUUCUCUCCUGCUGGUCCCCCAUACAAUGCUCAUAAAUAUGUGUAAUUUCCUGCCCCAUCUCCUAACAUGUUUUCUGUGCUGAAAUUUGUUUGAUUGCAUCCAAGUUGGUGAUGAAUGAAAUUGUUUCUGUAUGCUUCAAGCGCUGUCUCAGGAUUUUCUCUGCUACUUCUCUGAAUGAAAUGGUUUCUGUAUACUGCCUACACACAAAUUCCUCUUGUCUACCCCUUGCAUUUUCAAAGAAGACCUACAUUAUGCCAUCCAUUGCCGAUGGAGCUAAAAGAGUCGUUAUUAAAAAUGUCCUGGUUUCGGUUGGUUUGUGACUAUGCUAAGCCGGAGUCUCUUGAAAAUAACCUAUCUACUUUCGUGUACGCUGCUCCAUCGGUCCUACUUUUCAGAGAUUUU